ACUUAGAGCAUGCACGAUAUGCAUCUCUACAUCGGUUAACAUCUUAAUGUCUCGCCGCGUCUUCCUAACUGUCCAAUUCAAAUUUUUCGGAAAUAAAUUUGUAACACGGAUGAAUUUGUGUAAUUGUUUGUUUUCCGUUACGCAACUGUAAGUUUACUGCAGUGUAUUUUAAACAAAUUUCAUCUGGCCGCGGCUAGUAUAAGGCCGUUCUCGCGCGUUGUGAAGUUUUGUAGUUUAAUUUUUAUCUUAUCAAUGCUUCCAACGUGGUCAAGAAAACAUCGCCAUUUCUCUGGUGUAACUUUCGGAAGUGCGUCCUCUGAAGAAAAGUCUAAGACAAAGAGAAGCAGAGAGGAUGAUACUACAGAAAAUAUUCAUGCGCAAGCAAUCACUAUCCCGAGGAUAUAUCCUGUAGUGCCACAAAACGCGUUAAUAGAAGUCGAAAAGUUAGGAGAAACCUACCUGCCACAAGGAUACAACAACUUUAUAUCAUCUAUCCUGUGUACAACGAUCGUUCGAGCAGGUGCAAAUCUUAGCAAAAAUUCUUCGACAGAAGUCAUCGAUGUCAAUAUAUUGGCACAAAGAAGCGUGUCUGUCACCGAACACAUUGAGAUCGCAGAAACUGGAGGUCGACUUUAUUGCGUUAAUGGAUUUACAAAUACACCCUGCUGGCUGAAGUCGAUCGAUAUAGCGCAAGAUAUUUCCACAUGUAACGUUAAACUCACUAGUACUAAAGAAGGAAUAUUUGUAAAGGAAGGAGUAUUUUUGAAAACUGUCAGAAACAUAAAGGCAGGAGAGUCGUUACAAAUGUGGUUCACUGAAGAAGUUUUGCUCAUGUCAAAUAUACCGUUUUUACUGCCGAUGAAUAUUCGAGGUAACAAAAACUAUAUAUGUCACGUUUGUGGCAAAAUUUUCGAGUACCCGAAUCCGUUAAAAUUGCAUAUAGCGUUAAAUUGUAACCUAUUGGACAAAACUGAUAUCUGGACGUUCCUGGCGAAGGGAUUCGCUACUUUGGACUCUUCGAAAAUGUGCGUAACUAGCAGUCUGUACCCACAAACAAGCUUCACAUUCGAACUGACCAACCCCACGGUAACGUUGCCGGUCAACGUGUUCUCGCCGAUUCUCGCGGAAACGAUGUACACUGGAGAGUCAUUAAGGAACGAUUCACCGUGUUCGAAUCAACCGUCGCCUUUGUCCUUGAGCCAGUUUUCCUCGAGCUCAUCUUCUUCCGCGACCUCGCCAAGUUUGCUAGAUAGGAUGGCGCCCGCGGAAGAACUGAUAUCAAGACAUUCUGCCUUUAAACCUUACGUGUCUCGGCAGAAAGUCUGCAAAAGAUUGACAUCCUACAACAUGCAUUUACCUACGGUGACAUCUUUGGAAAGUGAUGCGCUCGCUGUAGAUAUGGAGACGAUCGUCAGUAACGCAGGCAAAUCCAAGGAGGGCCAUCGUUGCAUUUACUGUGGCAAACUCUACUCAAGGAAAUACGGACUGAAGAUACACAUCAGAACACAUACCGGCUAUAAACCGUUGAAAUGUCCGUUUUGCGAACGUGCUUUUGGAGAUCCUAGCAACCUCAACAAACAUGUCAGACUGCAUACCGAUGGCGACACCCCUUAUAAAUGCAGUAUAUGCGGCAAGGUAAUGGUCAGAAGAAGGGACUUGGAAAGGCACUUGAGAUCGAGGCACCAACGGGAGCAAACUGAGAAUGCUUCGGAGGAGUCUACCAACGUAAUUGACAUAUAA